UUUGCCCGAAGCGUGUGAUUUUUUGAGUCGCCGCGGCGGAGCCGUAAGAUUUUCUAAGAUUUGUGAAAUCGGCAUGUCCUUUUGAGGACCAUCUACUGGGUGGAUUCACUCAAGGAUCGAUUCAGUGUUGCCUACACAGCUUAGAGAAGGAAGAUGACCAGGGCUAGGGGUGGUCGGCGAGGAAGGGGGAGGGGGAGAGGUGCCAGCAGAGGGAGGACAAGAGCAGCAGUUGCAGAAGACACAGAAGAGGACUCUUUGGAGCAGCAGUCCACCGACACAGACAAUCCUGAGGAGGAGGACAAGCAACACGAGUCUGAAGCUCUCAGCCAAUUGGAAGACAUUCCAUCAGAAUCAACAGUAGAGCCAUGGAGUUCAGAGUCUCAAGAGGAAGCUGGUCCCUCACGAUCAAGUAGGAGAAAACGGGGACAGUUAUCUGAGAGUGAGACAACUGAAGAUUCUGAGAGCCCGGCAAAGAGGGGAAGAAGGAGCCUAAGGGGGAAGGUGUCUCAGAAGUCGGAUGUUAUGACGUCUGAGGAACUUGAGUCAUCUGUACCAGAGCAGGAAGAAACCAUCAGUCCUACCAGGAGGGGGAGGAGAGGGAAGGCUGUCAAUCCACCUGAAGAAAAUCUACAAGAACAGCCCAAUGAAGAGGAGCCAAAAUCAGCCGAUCCAAUGGCAGUUGAAGAUGACAGCAAGGGAGAAGUGGAAGAGAGUACAAGUAAAGAUGUGCCUGAAACAGACAAACCAAAAACAGAGGAAGAACAGUUACUGUCCCAGAAUCUGGGACAAAGUACAGAGGUCACACAGACUGCCGACCCAGAGGCUACCAAUCUGGAACCAACUGCAGAAAAGGAAGAAUCAACUGAGACAGAAGAGCCUGCACUUGAAUCCAAACCUGAGGUGUCUGAAGAUUCCGAGGCUCCGACAAGAAGAGGAAGAAGAAGGGGAAAGAUGUACAAAGUAGAAGAAGCAGAACCAUCUACUCAAGAACAGGAAGAAACCAUUAGUCCCUCAAGAAGAGGAGGCAGAGGCAAGGCUGGCAAGGAGAAACAAUCCAAUGUAGAGGAGCCAAAACCACCUGAAGCAACAAUAACGGCAUCUGAAGAUGGCGAGGAGAAAGAUGCAAACACAGAUUUCCCAGAAGCCAGUAUGGAUCAUCAGGAGGAACAGCAGCCCCAAAACUUGGGUGCAGCAAAUGCACAAGAAGCAGGCAUAGAUGCAAAGCUGAAAUCUUCUGAUACAGCUGAAAAGGAAGAACCAUUGGAGUCAGAAAAAUCUCAACCUGAAUCAGAGCCUGAGCCAUCAAAGGGUACAGUAGGAAAGGAUGAACCAAUGGAAGUUGAAGAUGCAGAGAAAACAGUAGUGGAAAAAGAUACCCCUCUUCUGCCAGACAAAGAAGCAGAAGCACCUUGUCCACAGGAAGACGUGCCAGAAAAAUCAUCUGCACCAGAGAAAACAGCAGUGGAAAAAGAUACCCCUCUUCAACCAGACAAAGAAACAGAAGCACUUUGUCUGCAGGAACAUGUACCAGAAAAAUCAGCUGCACAGCCUGCAACAUCAGAGACCCAAGAAGAACAGGACACAACACCCAGCGGGGAUCACAUUGAAGAAAUGGAGUCUGAAAGCACCACAACUGAAUCUGAGGCAACUGUGAUCUCCCCAAGGAGAGGGAGACCAAGCCAGCGGGGCAGGGGGCGUGGCAGAGGAGGCAGGGGUAGAGGACGAGGCAAAGGAAGAGGGAGAGCUGCCAUCUCACCUGAGCCUGGUGAACAGGAUACUCCCAAGAAAACCAAUGAUGAAGAUGACGAAAGUGAAGACACUUCAGGAUUGGAGGCCGCCAUUGCAACAUUUAUAGAACAGUCAAGUGAUGAUGAUGUGGAUGUACCAAAAAGUGCUUUAGGUGUGGAGGAAGCAGAGGCAACAAGUAAAAUGGAUCCUGCUGUUAGUGAGGCAUCCAAAGAGGAUCAGAAAGUGCCAGAAAAGAAGGAAGAUAAAAAGUCUGAAGAGCCAGAAAAGAAGAUGGAUAAAAAGUCUGAAGAGCCAGAGAAGAAGGAAGAUAAAAAGUCUGAAGAGCCAGAAAAAAAGGAAGAUAAAAAGUUUGAAAAGCAAGAAAAGAAGGAAGAUAAAAAGUCUGAAGAGCAAAAAGUCCAAAAUGCUGAAAGUAGACCACAGGAAACUGUGACAGCAGCUGCUCCUACCAGGCGCAGAGGGAGAAGUGCUGGCAUCAAAGAGGAGACGAAGCCAGAAUCAUCAGAAGUCAAAACUGCAGACAAAAUAGAGACUGAGCCAAGUCAACAUACCUUCUUGCCUUCUUGGGCAACAGCUAAAAAGAGAAAUGAAGAUUUGAAGAAGAAAGAGAGAGAAGAAAGUGAGAUGCCUAAAUCUAAGAGAAUAAAGCUUGAGGCAGCACCAAGUGCUACUACUACGGGUGAAGGACAAGAUGACAAGAAAAAGCCAACAAAUGUGCAAGAGGUAAAAGACAGUAAAGAAGAGCCUCAGCAGUCUGAAGUGCCUGCAGAAGACAGUAAGAUCAAACUCCACUUGAAAACUAAGGUGGAGAAGGUGGCAAAGGAAGAGGAGAAACCUGAGCCAGUAGAGGUGCAGCCAAAAGAACCUGUGGAAGAACAGGCUUCUCCGAAAGCUUUACUUGAAGGGCUGGAGGAGCUUGACCAGGCUCUUGACACAGACGAGUCUCCCACAACUGAAGGGAAGGUAGAGUCUCCUGAGGCAGAAUUAUGGGAGCAAGUGGAUGGAAAGAAACCCACAGAGAAAGAUGAACAAGCCCAAGAGAAGAAAACCGAUGUUCCUGAGCAACAGAAGCCUGAGCAGAAGACUGACAUUCCUGAGCAACAGAAGGAAAUUGAAGAGUCUGCACAGGAGCAACCAGCCACCAAGGCAAAGAAGAAGAGGAAAAAGAAAGAGCCAAAACCUGACCCAAUGGAACCAGAGGUUUGGGUGGCUACAAGGACACAUGACCGCAGUGCCAAAACUGCAGCUGCUGAGGCCCAAGCUGCUGCCCAAGAUAGUUCUACAACCUCUACUGAUGCUGAAGUAAAGGAAAAACCUGCCUCUGAAGAACGGUAUGACAGAUUGAAACAGACGGUUGAAUGGAAGGCUGAUCAGUGGAUAUGGUGUGAAGUUUGCCAGAUGAAAACCAGAGCAUGGCUCACCAAGACUCACUACAACAAUGUCAAACACAUUGAACUUUCAAUAUUUGGAGAAUUAUUAGUGGAAUGUCCACUGUGUAAAGUCAAAGUCCGACGUCCCAAUGCAGUCGAGCACUACCAAGGCACAAAGCAUUCCGACAACGCUGCUGAGAAGGGCAUUUCAUGGCUCCCGCUUUUCUGUGAGCCGUGUGGAGCCUUACAUCUCAGUGAGAAAGAACAAGAAGAACACAAGACCUCACCUACUCAUGUGAAACUGCUGCAAAGGAUGGGUGUAGCCAACCAACAAACAGAAGGUCUGCUGUGCUGUAGCCUGUGUGAGAAGGGUGAUAUUGGGUCCAUGGAAGACUUGAGAGCUCACUACCAGAGUGGGGUGCACCUGGUCAAACUCAAGAGGAGUGUUAUGGGUGAUCUGGCUGCAGAAGCCAAUGUACUGGACGGUGUAACAUUGUCGUGGCAGUGGGAGAUGGAGUUGGACAAAUGGUACAGCUUCACCAAGGAGGAAACUGUCAUUAUCAAUGCAGCCGUUAAGAAGGAGAAGGAUGUUGUGUACCUGACAUCUAAGUCAGCAGGAGAGCUGUGUUUAUGUCUGGACCUGGCUAACAUGAUCAUCACCGACCUUCACACCAAGUCCAAGUUGUUCCUACGGCUGCGCUGUGCCGUCAAAAGCGACCUUAAUAACAAAGACUACACAUGGCAGUGGCAGCAUGGAUUGAUGGGUGUCUUCACAUGCUGGAUGCCGUACAUGGCUCUCCACACCAUUUUGUUGGAAAAGGCUUCGCGAAAUCACGAGCCGACCGUCCAAAUCACGACCGGGCCUCACUCGUACGACUUAGACAUGUCCAGCUUGGAGCACAGGGGGGGCCAAAAAGGAACCAAGAAGGCCCAGCGUGUUCGUGCAAAGACAGAAGGAGAGAAUUCCCUGCUUUCCCACUUCGGCCCACCUCCUGAGAAGCAAGAAGAAAAGAGUCAAAGAAAACAGCAGGUCUCUGCUGGUGGCAGUUCUGCCAGUACGGGUACUGCUAGUGGGGGGUCUGCUAAAAAAGAUGGAGGCAAAGUAAAGCCUAUCUCGUUUAAAGUAAAGAGUACGUCUGAGGGAAAAACUGCUGUCCUAACCAAAAAGGAGAGUAGAAGUAGAAGCAGAAGUAGAAGCAGAGAUAAGGGUAGAGGCAGACGACAUAGUAGAAGUAGAAGCAGAAGCCGAAGUCAGGGUCGAAGAAGACAUAGAGACAGAGAUCGGGGCAGAAGUCGAAGUAGAAGCAGGAGUAGGGGGAGAAGCAGAAGCAGAAGUAGAGGCCGCGAUGGCAGGCGGCAUCGGCGCAGCAGGCGUAGUUAUAGCAGUAGCAGCAGCAGAAGCAGUAGUGGUGACCGACGUAGGCGGAGUCGCUCAAGGAGCGGACGAUACAGAGUUGACAGAAGCCCUCUCAGAAAAGCUAAGUCCAACCAUGAGAUGAUGAUGGAUAGAGCGUAUCAGGACACUAUGAUGAAUGCUCGGUACUUAGCACAGGAGAAGCAGAAGCUGCAAGAAGAAAAGGCUAUCCUGGAGCAGAAUCGGAAACUUGAAGAGGAGCGCCUGAAGCUUGAAUGGGCUGCCCUCCAGGACUCAAAACUACGACAGCAGCCUGGAUUAGCGUAUCCAGCAGCUGCUGGCAACAAAUUUGGUUACAACCCUAUUCCUGCAGCGAACACUGGUCAGCAUUACCCUAUUACAGUUCCACCGCCGCCGCCAGGUAGCACUUUCCCACCGCCCCCUGGUAGCCUUGUUCCACUGCCGCCUGGUAGCACUUUUCCACCGCCGCCAGGUAGCACUGGCUUUCCACAGGCGGGAGCCGCAGCCUCCUUUUCUGCUCAGGGCCAGUACCGAUGGUCCGCGGGCAAGCCAAGCACUCAGACUGCCCAGGGCCAGUACCCCUGGUCCACGGGCAAGCAAAGCACGCAGACCGCCCAGGCCCAGUACCCCUGGUCCACGGGCAAGCAAAGCACGCAGACUGCCCAGGCCCAGUACCCCUGGUCAACUGGCAAGUCUAGCACACAAACAGGAAAUGCCCCAAGUCAUUCCCAGCAUCCAUGGUCUACUGGUAAAUCUAGUACAGCCACUAGUUAUUCUCAGCCCCCUUGGUCUACUGGCACUUCUAGUUCAGGCACAGGGAAUGCCCAAUACCCAUGGUCCUCAGGCCAAGCUAGCUCUGGCACAUCAAGUAUCACACCAGCCACCCACCCAUGGUCUACUGGAAAUUCUGCCUCAGUCAAGCCUACUGGCCCGUACCCAUGGUCGAAACCUGAUAGUUCCCAAACCCAGAGCAAGUGGGACAAACCCCCAGAUAGUUCGUCCCUUCAGCCAGCAGAUAGUAAAGCUCCUCUUUUACCCACACCUAAAAUUACUCUUUUACCCACACCACCAGCCCCCUCUAAACCUGUAGUCCAACAGGUGGUUGGUGUAAAACAGGAUGUACCCCUGAUGCAAGCUGUGCAGCAAACUGUGCAGGCCGUGCCAGAACCCAAAAAGCCUAAACCCUCCACAUUGACUACAUGGGACCUUAUCUCUAGGUAUCUACAAGAGCAGAUGGGGAUUGACGAAGUAACCCGAGAGGCAGUGGAACAGAUUUUGAAGCAGCCUGCGCUGGUUGAACGGAUCCAAAAGUUCUAUAGAGAGCACGGUUUAGAACCGCGUGAAACCCAGGACUCACCACCAACCGUUCAGCCAGCACAGCACACUGCGGCGCUGCAACCAGCUUCCACAUUGGGAGCGCAGCAGGCUAGUGUUACACAACAAGCGCAAACUGCUGGCUUGCAGCAGGAUGGGUCGGGCAGCAGUCAGCAAUCCCAGGCAGACCAGGCAAAAGUACAGCUGCUUGCACAGCUGAUAUCCAUGGGGGUUGUCCAACCCACAGACCUAGCUGCAAGUCAGCCAGAGUUGGCAGCUGCUAGUAUAGUGCAGGCAGCAAAGACAGCCAUUGAGGCUAAAAGCAGUGCAUCUGCCAGUACUGAACAGAGUUUAGGGGGUUGGGUACAAGGUACAUCUCAGACACAGGCUAAGGAACCAUCAGAAGCUGAGGUCAGGACUGAAUGGGGUAGGAAUGUGUCAGAAGAGUCUGAUAGAUAUGGACGGUUGUCAGAGGAUACUCCUGAUAGUUAUGAUGUCCGUAGUCGUGGGUUAGCGGGGGAAAUGCCUAGAGGCCAUGGUGUUGGGUUGGAUGAUGUCCCUGGUAGUAGAGGACUUCUAAGGGAUCCCCCUAGACGGGCACACCCCGAUGCAUUGAGAGAUGCCCCUCCCAGGGAUCCUUACAGGCGGGGGGAGGACUACCCUGAUAGAAGGCAUCAUGGGGAAAGAAGAGAUUUGGACAGGUAUGAAAGAGAGAGAUUGGCAUAUGAGAGGGAACGGAGGGAGAGGGAACUGUAUGACUAUGAACGUAGACGACGUGAGUUGGAUGAAUGGGAUCGGAGAAGGCCAGGCCCUAGGGAUUAUGACGAGAGUUACAGAGAUCGGGAACCAAUGUACCCUGGUAGAGAGGAAAGGGAGCGGGAGCUAGAUGAGUGGGCCAGAAGUAGGCAUCAGUUUGGUCCUCAGGGGUCUGGUGAUCCUGGAAGGGGAUACUCAGAGAGGGGUUCAGCUUACGAUGAUCCUAGACCAUCUCAUGAUAGGCCAGGGUACUACCCCCAACAGGAUAGUCAGGAGCUUUAUGACCCUGAGGCAACAACUAGUGAUGGUGAGGAAGAUGUUUAUGACACAGAAGAAGAAGCUUCUGUAGAGUUAGCUAAGUCCCUCCUCUCAACAGUCAAUGUUCCGCCAUUGGCACCAGACUUAGUUGAGGAUGUGCUGCGCUCUCCUGAGGUGCUUGACCAACUCGGACAGUUUCGACAGAAAGGCGCUCCGCCUCCCGUUGUGGCUAGCUACCUGCAGGUGGUGCUCACGCAGGUCGCGGCGUCCCCGAGCGUGCAGCAGAACCAGCCACGGGUGCGCACGAGAGGCAAGCGCGGCGGGAAGCUAUCCAAACUGCGCUACUUUCAAAAAUGCAUUGACAAGAUAAUGAGAGAAUUAGAAGAGAUACAACAAAUGAAGCAGCGUCUGGGCGACAGGUGUCCCCAAGAGCUGCAUGAUAUCAUCGCCAAUAAGUCUCUAGUAUUGAAUGAUUUCAAAAGGAAAGCUCUGGAGUUGGAGCAAAUUUGCAAAGAGCAAGGCAAAAUGGUGUGAAGCAGUAAUGCAGCCAUUGCUGUAGGUCACUUGUACCAUUUGUUUGAUGUUCGUCUUUUUCCUGGAUCGUUGGGAAAAUGUGCUGAAAAGAUGUUAUGCAUUUGGUACAUUUUUGCUUUGAAAUGAACGUUUCCCUUAUCAAUGGAAUUAUUUUCCAUUUCAAAGCGUUGACCUUGACUUUGUCAAAAGAUCUUGUUUUUCUACUUCAGAGCAUAGAGAAAAGAUGAUAGUAGACAUUUGGUUUUUGUCAUUGAAACUUAUCUGUACUUGGGGGGAAUUUCUUUUGUUGAUGUCUUUGAACCUUUGAUGUAUCCUAUUGUUGGGUAAAACAUGAAACGUUACUGUGUUGUUUCCAUUUUUACAUGCUGUCAUCACGCUUUACACCGACUUACAUAGUGUGCCUAUUAUGACACUUAACAGUAUUCCAAGGACAUCAAUCAUCUUUGCCAGAAACCAUGGAUAGGAACAGAGCAAUGUAAUAUGCAAGCGUUGAGUUUGCUAUAUUAGUCCAACAUGUCUUGUUCCCACCCAUGUUCUGACCAACUUCAGUUUGUUCAUAUUGUGAUGUUAUCAACCAAAAAAAGUAGUUUUGUACUUACUUGUUGAGUAUUGUAACUUUUGAAGACCUUAUCAUACAAUAAGCAGUACUGUUUGUAGUCUGAACUUGCGUCAUACUGGUUAUUUGUAUCCUACCAUAACUUUCAGCUUUGACAGCCAUUUUGGUCAGUUCAAAUAUUCACCAUGCUAUUGGUAUGUAAAUGUUGUAUGGUAGAACUCCAUGUGACAAACCUUACCCAGAGCAUGCUAAGGGUUAAUGUGUUAAAGCAGAAAACUUAGGAGUAAAGUUUACUGCAGCUGUAAAAAUCUAAUGUUAGUUUUUCAAGUUAUCUCAUGUUCAUUAGAUGGAGUGCUUCUAGGCACUGGCACUAUUAACCAAGGUGUUCAUACAUUUCUU